AUGGAAAUUACGAAUCCGUUUGUUGGAUGGAAUGGAGCUUCAACUGACAUCCAGGCUUCAGAGGAAUUGAUUGUUGAUGAUCUUUUUCCCAGGGAACCGGAGAAUGGUGAUUAUCUGCAAUCUUCUGAUUCAUCGGUGGAAUUCACAACAUCAUUUUGAAUAUUCGUAAAAUACCGUCCAAUCUGAUUUGUCGUCUUUUCAACCAUUCUUUGCACCAAUGCCCUGUUACUCAACCAUGCGUAAAGAAGAAUGCCAUCCUGAAAACGACAAAGACUACAUGGAUGCUUUGGCAGCUGACGUAGCAGACAGACACCUGUUAUGGCUGCGUUUGCGCUCUGCGGGACAUAAACAUCUGCCAAACCCCGCGAUGGUAUAAAAGGGCAAGAGCGCAGCCUAAUAUCAAUUCAGUUCGUUGUUUAUAGAAAGAGGGUUGUCUCCUCAGUCUUCUUAAAGACUCAAAUAAACAUGAGAAAGAAAGAUGUUGGUUGUACAAUAGUAAACGAGCUCCUGUAAAGGACUAUGGUCGUCAGGACCGCUACACCAAACCAGUGGGAUUUACUAAUAAAUCCUUCUUUAACACAACAACAAAUUGUUAUGGUCAAUAGAUUGCAGAAGCAAAACAUUAAACCUACUUCGGGCGUCACUACAUUUUCCACAUUUGAAACGCGUAAGUUAUAAUUUUUAAAUUCUAGUUUUUUAAACUUAUAGUAGGCUGAAAACUGUUUAAAAUCUUUUACUGUUAACCAUACCUUUCUAGCACUGUACCAUUCGUAAGGACCGGUCCCAAAGUGCAAAGGCUCAGAUUAAAUCGUAACAAUGCCAGAAUGUUCACUGAAUCUGAACAACUGGAAAAGUUGCUUAGUGAAAUAAACGUAGAAAUCAGCAGCGUCCGUAACGUAUGGUACCAUGAUGCACCACGUCCAACAGGAUGUCAAUACUGUCACGUAACGACCAUGAUGUCAAACAAUGCCCCCAGCUAAGUACCAUGCAAGAAAGAGACGUAGAAGUUCGGUGAGUUUAAGAAGACUUUUUUAAAGGGGAGGAAGAGACGCUUUAUAAGGUUCUUGUAGUUAUUUAGGAAACAAUACGAAAAUUCUCAUGCAAAAGAAGAAUUAUCAUAAUAGACCAUUUAAAAACCGACGGCUUCGUUGAGGAUAUCAAAACACAUGCAAAAAUAUACAACAAACAAUCAUUGGGAUGCUUUAACCCGAAAACAGAUACGAGUGGCCUACUGAGAUUGUUGACGAAUAAGAAAUGUUGCAUCAUCACGUAACUCAACUAUACAUUUCUCUUAUCAGUUCAAUUCGGUUAUUCUACUUUCUCUUUGAUUUAAUGAUUUGAAGGCAGUAUUGUUAGGAGAGUCUAAUGAUAGACGUUGUUCAAUAAAUAUAAUUAAUAUGAUCAAUUGGAUAAUUACUUGAUAUAAACUAGAACGUUUAUAACUAUACUUAUGUUUUUGUUUUCAGCUGAGCCCGCCCAUGUCAAUCCCCGUCCUAUGAAACUGGAUAAUUCGGGAUUCGUUAAAGACUGCGUCGACUACAAUACUGACACACUAAUCAACCCGUCGGACGAUGAAUGA